GGCAUUGAACGCACUGACUGUGAGGGAAACAAAGUGCGCUGUGGAUUGCUGCUGUAACAAACAACAUUUCUUGUUUCAAUGUAUUUCUCUCAGGAAUAUAGUGAUGUGGACACUACUGUCGUGGAUUUUUGUGACGGCCAGUUUGCAUCAGGCCAGUUCCCAGAACUCCACAGACUCUCCUCUUAUGACCACAGACUUGGACCCUUAUAACCGGAAUCGAUACUGCAAAUGGCCCUGUAAGUGCCCCAAGAGUGCCCCUGUGUGUCCACCUGGGGUCAGCCUGCUGACAGAUGGGUGUGACUGCUGCAAGGCCUGUGCCAAACAGGUGGGGGAGACCUGUAAUGAGAGAGAUACCUGUGACUAUCAUAAAGGACUUUACUGUGACUACAGCGCUGACAAGCCAAGAUAUGAAAAAGGAGUGUGUGCAUAUGUUAUGGGAACAGGCUGUGAAUAUAACGGUGUAAUCUAUCGUAAUGGCCAGAGCUUCCAACCCAAUUGUAAGUACCGCUGUCUCUGUGUGAAUGGGGCGAUUGGGUGUGUGCCCCUUUGUACUGAGUCCCAGCCACCCCGGGUGUGGUGUCAAAGACCCAAGCGAGUGAAGAUUCCAGGUCAGUGCUGCGAUAAAUGGAUCUGUGAAGAGUCCCGUAAACCACGCAAGACUAACCCAAGACACGCCCCUGAAGAGGUGUCUCUCACCAGCAACAAUAUUUGGCAUAAAAAUUGCAUUACCCAGACUACCCCAUGGAGUCCCUGUUCAAAAACUUGUGGACGGGGCAUAUCCAUGCGCAUUUCUAAUGACAAUGCUGAGUGUGUGAUGGAAAAAGACAGUCGACUAUGUAAUCUCCGACCCUGUGAGGUGGACAUCACCAAGCACUUUAGACCAGGUAAAAAAUGCCUGAACAUCUACCGUGAACCAGAGUUUCAGAACUUCACCAUCUCAGGUUGCAUCAGUAAGAAGCCUUAUUGGCCCAAGUACUGUGGAGUCUGUACUGACGAGCGCUGCUGCAUCCCCUACAAGUCAAAGACCAUUGAGGUGGAGUUUCAGUGUCCUAAUGGAUCUGUCUUUACCUGGAAAUACAUGUGGAUCAAUGCCUGCUUCUGCAACCUCUCCUGCAGGAAUCCAAAUGAUAUCUUUGCAGAUCUGGAGCAAUACUAUGAUUUCAAUGAGGUUAUUAACUAAUACAUUAACAAAGAGCCAGAUGCAAUGUUAAAAGUUGAGAUGGAGUCUAUCAAAAGGGCAUUCAUGCUCAAACUGUGACAGUAACUAUGAUUCUUUGCUUCACUAAAUUCAUAUGCUGAAUGGUACAGAAAAUAAUAAUUAAUGAUAUAUGAACGAACAUCAACACAGUCACACUUAUUGAAAUGGCUUGUAAGAGGAAUGUUUGUCCAAACAGGGACAUUAUGGUACAAGAUGAUUCCUUAUGGAUGUACAAAGGUGUUAAAUUUAAGAAAAGUCCUGCGACUUUCAUAAUGUUGAAUGGCCAUGUUGCUACAAGUCUAUGCAAAGACUAUGCAAGGACUCUUUAAUGAUUUUAUAAUCUUCAAAGAAUUUUUACAGACUCUCCACAAUAAAUUACAUUUUUGUGACAUUUAAUUUAUUUUUGCUAGGACAAAUAUGUCACUAAUAUUUUAUUCUAAUGGUAUUUAUGACUCACGUCAUGUACAUUUGUAUAAAAAUAUAGUAGAGAAAAGACAUUGAUCUUUUGUUACUCAGCUACUUAAUUGCCAAAUGUUUUAUGAAGUCUCAGUUGUUGGUAUUCAUACUUAAUUAUGGAAAUAUUGCAAGAAAUAUAUCUUUUUGAUAAAAGCCUUAUGCUUUACUUUAUGCUUUAGUUUGUAUUUAUUUUUGUUGUAUUUAUUUCCUGUUGGUACUUGGGAUAGAUUUACAUAAUUUCUGUGAAAGAGCAGUGAGAAUUCAUGACACCUCUGUACAGAUUUGAUGUUACUUUCUCAAGGAAAAGCUUUCGGUUUGCUUUGGUACCAGUAUAACAUAGUUUAUCAUAAUAUGCUUACCAUAUUGUAUGUAUUUUAACUAUACUAUGUUGUAUUUUAAUAUUAUGGAGAACAGCACCACACUCACAUCAUGGGAGAUUCUCCACUAUUCAGAUAAGAAAUAAUGAUGUGUCAAAAUAUUUGAAUUUAUGGAUUAUAGAGAUAUAAACAUCAUGCAACAAUGAGACAUACAGUUUAGUCAUGGUUUUUAUUUCCUUAAUACUUUUGUUAGAUACACAGUCAUCACCAACUUUCAAAGACAUUUAUAGUAGUCUUGCUUAGGUCAGUAGUUGUAACGGAUUACCUCAAAUGUUUAGCACAUACUCCCUGUUUAUUCUGAAUAGACAAAUCUAAGCAAUACUGUCAGAAGUAUAGUUGGCAUAACAUGUAUUAAAAUGAUAUGCAAAUAACUAAUGUAUAAUAAAAUAAAAAUAAAAAAUAAAU